AUGCGCGAGUGCUUCAGGUCCGACAUAAGUGGCCUCGGCGACUACCUCGACGCGCCCCAGGUCGACAAAUCCUCCGGUCGUUCUCGAAGUGGCAGCCGAUCGCGAGAAGCUAGUCCAUAUGGGCGAAGAGCGUCGUCUCCGUACACGAAGCCGUUACCACUUGGUCACCAAGCCGAACCAGCAUCGAGGCAGACGCUGGAAGUCCACCAUGGUACGGUCCCGCCACCCAACGCUGCUGGACGAACCCGGCGUCUGUCCUCUGCAUCGACGGCGAGCGAUAAUCCACCGGCGCCUCUCAAACCGGUCAAACAGAAAGUUACCUCGACCAAAAUUGAGAACGCUGCCAAGAUCCGGAGGACCAGCGAUGGACUGUUCAUUUGUCCCAUACCAGGGUGUGGCAGCACAUUUACGAGGCAAUUCAACCUGAAAGGUCACAUUAGAUCGCAUAACGAGGAAAGACCGUUCUUGUGCAACUUCCCCGGAUGCAACAAAGCGUUCGCGCGACAGCACGAUUGCAAGCGACAUAUGCAGUUGCAUGCUGGAGUCAAGCCUUUCGAGUGUGAACACUGUCAUCGGACCUUUGCGCGUCUCGAUGCAUUGACGCGGCAUCGUAAGUCCUUCUAG